AACGUUUUAUUGCCAGAUCCUCGCCAAAGGAUGGGUUUCAUCAGUGGACUGGAGACCUACCACCUGAUAUGUACACAAUUAUACCGUACACUACCGGAGCUGUACUUAGGAAAGCUAAACCUAAAGAUGGAAGCGAACCGAAAGAAAUUAUCAGCAGGACAGAUAAAAUCGGACUCAGUGACGAAUUCAGAGAGGUUCUCACCGAGAUAUUUGAUUUGGUUGAUUUGGACGAAAAUGGAACAUUGUCAAGGGAAGAGUUUAAUCUCUUUAAUUGGAGGACAAGUGGAGAACAGAUUGCAGAUGAAGAAUGGGAAGUCGUAGAAGAAAAUUUUCCAUUAAAGAACGGAGAAUUAACUCUAGAAGGGUUCAAUACUCUACAUCUAAUGGAAGCAGAAGAAAAUUCUGGAGAUUCUACAGAACUUUGGGUUACACUACAAUCUAUGGGAUAUGAUCGAAACCUUGCACAGAGCGGAUCAGCCGGCUACAGAUUGACAGUCAGUUCCAGCAGUGUUGACCCCCCAGCUCUGGAGAUAUCAGGACUUAAAUCAGGAGGUUUAAUCCUCGAGAAAACUAUGAUUAGAUCUGUUAUGGAAGGAAGUGAGAGUCCUAUACAGAUUCCUGGAACUAAACAUAUUUGGGUUUAUAUUCAGCGUUCUGAUGAUAUAGCAUCAAUCGUAGUUCAGAAUAAAACUGAGAGAAAUCAGACAAUUCAAGUUGAUUUAACCGGCAGCAACAAUAUAAUCACCAGCAGGCAAAGUAUGAAGUUCAGCAUAACUGUUGGAAAAAAGUCCAGUAUUCUUGCAGUACACAUUCUACCAAACCAAACCGACUUACCUUGGAACUAUACAAUUAGCACUAAAGAACAAUAACUGUUUUAUACAGUACAGUGCAUAUAUUCUACCGAACCAAACCGGCUAACCUUGGUACUAUACAAUCAGCACUACAGUACAAUAAUUGGUUUGCUACGGUACAGUGUACAAAUCCUUCUAUACCAAACCAGCUAACCUCGGAACUUCAGUACAACACCUGAUUUGCUACAGUACAAUGUUCACAUUUAACCAAACAAACUGACCUGCAUUGGAACUAUACAAUUAGAACAAUAGUACAAUAACUAGUUUUUUACAGAACAGUGUACACAUCUUACCAAACCAAACCGGCCAACCUUGGAACUACAAUCAGCUCUAUAGUA